UUGGGAAAUAAAACAUUUUUUUUUCUUAAAUCUGCGUUUUCGAUAUAAACUCAACGUAAACGAAAAGCAAAAGGAUCAUCACAUUCACGCCUUUCCUUUCCUUGUCUUACCUUUUUGGUUUUUGCCUUAUAUCUUUAAUUUCCCCUUUCAUUGCGUUUGUAUUUUCUUUUUUCUUCUUUCAAUGGUGAUGGACGAUAACGAGAGCUGCGUGAGCAAAGCGAACGAUUUUUCGCCGUUGCAGAGCCGGCAACAGCGGCAAAAGCUCCAGGUCUACAAUGAGGUACUCCGGCGGCUACGUGAUUCCGACAUAGAAGAGGCUAAUCGGCCUGGCUUUGAUGACGAACUUUGGGCUCACUUCAAUCGUCUACCUAGUCGCUAUGCGUUAGAUGUGAAUGUGGAAAGGGCAGAAGAUGUUCUUAUGCACCAGAGAUUACUGCAUUUGGCUCAUGAUCCUGCCAACAGACCGGCAAUGGAAGUUCGUCUCGUGCAGGUCCAAUCUAUUUCUGAUGGGAGUUUAGUUGAUCCUGCUCUUUCAAAUCCCUCGUGUGGGGAUUCUGCUCAAAGUGAUCCAAAGCACGUUAUAAGACGGAGCAUACAUCCGCCUCCUGCCUUUGGCUCAUCCCCUAAUCUUGAAGCACUUGCACUUGAAGCAGAUAAAUCUGAAGAUCAAGAUGGAGAUAGCUCUGUACAUGCCAAUUCACAUUUUUCCAGGCCCAUGCACGAAAUUACGUUUUCAACAGAAGACAAACCGAAACUUCUUAGUCAGUUGACUGCAUUGCUUGCUGAGAUUGGGCUAAACAUCCAGGAAGCACAUGCAUUUUCCACUGUUGAUGGUUACUCCUUAGAUGUUUUUGUAGUUGAUGGUUGGCCUUAUGAGGAAACAGAGCAGCUUAAAGUUGUUUUGGAAAAGGAAGUCUUAAAAGUUGAGAAGCAAUCUUGGCUGAAGCAACAUUCCUUUUCUCCUAAGAGGGACGAUGAGAAAAUGGGGACCAAUGCUUAUCAGAAUUAUGUGGCAAUUCCUAAUGAUGGGACCGAUGUUUGGGAAAUUGAUCCUAGAAACUUGAAGUUUGAAAACAAAGUUGCAUCUGGGUCAUAUGGGGAUCUGUAUAAAGGUACUUACUGUAGUCAGGAAGUGGCCAUUAAGGUCCUCAAGCCAGAGCGUUUAAAUACUGAUUUGCAGAAAGAGUUUGCCCAGGAAGUUUUUAUCAUGAGGAAAGUUCGGCAUAAGAAUGUUGUACAAUUUCUUGGUGCAUGUACCCAGCCUCCAAACUUGUGUAUUAUUACAGAAUUUAUGUCUGGCGGAAGUGUAUACGACUACCUUCACAAACAGAAGGGUGUUUUCAGGCUUCCAUCGUUGCUUAAAGUUGCAAUAGAUGUUUCUAAAGGAAUGAACUACUUGCACCAAAAUAAUAUAAUCCAUAGGGAUUUGAAGGCUGCUAAUCUUCUAAUGGAUGAAAAUGAAGUGGUUAAGGUUGCUGAUUUUGGGGUUGCUAGAGUGAAAUCUCAAUCUGGAGUUAUGACAGCUGAAACUGGAACAUACAGAUGGAUGGCUCCUGAGGUUAUUGAACACAAGCCAUAUGAUCACAAGGCUGAUGUUUUUAGUUUUGGAAUCGUAUUAUGGGAGUUGUUAACGGGAAAGCUUCCAUACGAGUACUUAACCCCAUUACAAGCUGCUGUUGGAGUGGUUCAAAAGAAUCUACGUCCUACAAUUCCAAAGCACACUAAUCCCAAGCUGGCUGAACUGCUUGAGAGAUGCUGGCAACAAGAUCCUGCAGUAAGACCUGAUUUUUCUGAAAUUAUAGAGAUUUUACAGCAAAUUGCCAAGGAGGUAGGAGAUGACGGUGAAGAUCGACGUAAGGAUAAAUCUUCAGGAGGAUUUUUGUCUGCCCUUAGAAGAGGCCACCAUUAAAGUAGAAGGCCAAGAUCUGUUUAUACAGUGAAAUAUGUCGGCCGGGCCAUUCCCACCAUUUUCAUCAACACUGUACAGUAAUUCUUUUUUUUUUUUUUCCUUGUUUCCCCCAUGAUUUAUGGUCGUCUAAAACAAUGUCCAUUCUUCUGCCUGCCGCCAUUCCUAUUCGAAGAUAAAAAGAAAGAAUUGCAUUUUGUAGAUUUGAAUUCGUUGAAUCCUGUUUUAAAGUAAUUGCAUGAUAUAAUUAGGAUAAAUUUUGGGUUCAAUGUGAUUCUCUUUAUUGAAAAUUUGACCUUGUUCUGGAGCUGCUAAAUCGGCAUUAGAUCAUUGUAAAACGUAGACUCGAUUUGCAAUUUGCUCCACUCCAAGGGCGUUUUUCCUUUCUUUCUUUUUUCCCCAUGCAAUUGCAUUUAUUUAUUUUGUUAAAUAUAUGUUUUGGGGAAUAUUUUGUAUAUGUAUUUAAGCCUUGUUGUUGGGUUGAAGUUAUUGUUAUUGUAAUAAUUUAAAGAACAUGAAUUUGGUA